AAAAAAACUCUUUAUAUUUUUAGAAACAAAUAAUUUACUUUGUAAAAAGAUUAAUUACAUCAACAUUUAAUUAUAUUAUAUAUAUUUUUUUUCUUUUUUAAAUAAAUUAUUCUAGAUAAAAAGAAAAUGGAGUAGAUUUAAUAAGACUAAUAAGGAUUGAUUUCAUGGUACUGUUAUAAUGCAUAAAAUGUGUGGGUACCUUACAGCGAUAAUAUCUAAAUGUGCUUAGAAGAUUGCUUUUAGAAAUAUCUUAAUAACUAAUAGUCUAAUCCUAUUGUAUAAUGUUUAAUCAACAAUAAAAAUUAUAUAAUUGAUGUUAAAGAAAACACUUAAAAGAAUAAAAAGACAGGCACUACUAGAAAGAUUCUACGUAUAGCUGAUGACAAUAAAUAAUAAGUUUAAUAGUUAAAUGUAUCUAUCCAAUAGUAAGAUUAAAAAUAACAAAAAAACAAUUCUGUAUGGCAAUUUUUAGGAGAUUUAGGAUGGAGAAAUUAUGAUGAAGACAGCUAAAAGCUGUUAGUAAAAAAGUAUAAUUAAUAUAAAUUAAAUCCAGAAAAUGAAUAGUAAACAUUUUAACUAUCAAUUGCAGGUAGUAUCUACAAAAUAAAUUUCAAAAAUAUGACUUAAUAAAACUUAAAGUACCAGACAAUUAGACAAAUUAGAUUAUUUUAAAAUGUUAAUCAGUGA